AUACCAUUAAGUAUAAUCCGUAUAAAUAAAAUAUCUGUGUGCGUAAACAUAUAAAAAACGAAAUUAUUGCGUGUGGGGAUCUUCGCAUAGUAUUAUUAUUUAUUACACACUUGUCUUAAAUUUGACUGUAUACAAACAUAAUGUAGGGCGCGAACUGUAGUACAAUAAUAAACGUCAUAUAUCCCGACUGCAGCAAUUAUCGUAAUCAACCUGCAGCAGGUUAGGUGCCUAUAAACCUAAUAACAGCGUAAAUACGUCCGAGAUGAGGUAAAGAAAAAAUUAAAAAAUAAGAUCAUAGAAAAAAAAAACACCAUUACUAUUAGUGGUUAUGGCCAUUUCGGUCGGUUUACGCUCAUAUUAUGGACAGAGGCGUUCAUAUCUGUCGCAAACUGGAAAUACAUAUUAUAUACCUGUUUAAUGGAAUCGCGCAAAACUGUCGCAAACAUCAUCACCCAUUAUCGGGGGCAUAAUGUGCGCACGUGUAAUAUUUCUGUAUAAAAGCGUCGCGUGACAGCGGUUUGUCAUAUUCACUCGUCAACCGUCGUCGCAAAUAAUAAGUGUUCAGUUAUCUGUUCGUGCAGUUUAUAUCGCAGCCAGUCGCUUUUACGCAGAGUCCAGAGCAACUAAAGAAAUCAACAAUGUUCGCCAAAGUAGCAGUUUGCUUCGCUUGCGUGGCCGUAUUCGCCGCCCAGGCCCAAUACUACCCCGCUGCCUCUUACCCUUCCGCUGCCGUGGUGCACGCCGCCCCUGUUGCUUACCCCGCUUAUCCGGCGGCCUCCUACCAACCGGUAAACCCGAACCCGGCGUACGCGUACAAGUACGGCGUGUCCGACCCGGCCACCGGUGACUACAAGACUGCCGAGGAGAGCCUGUCCAACGGUGUGGUACAGGGACAGUACAGUCUGGCUGAACCUGACGGCACAGUCAGGACCGUGUCGUACACUGCCGACGACGUCAACGGUUUCGUAGCCCAGGUCACCAAGGGCGCCAAAGUCAUCGCCCCCGCUGCCCCAGUGUACGCGGCCCCGGCUCCGGUGUACUCCUCCCCGGUUUACUCCGCCCCGGCACCAGUUUACGCGGCAGCACCCGCCCCGGUGUACGCGCCCGCCGCCCACGCCCCGGUGUACGCUCCCGCCGUUUCGUACCCGUUCCCGUACAAACGUCAAGCGUAAAUAAACGCGACCACUACGCUGCUUUAAAAAUGCAUCAUCAUCAUCAUCGUCAUCAUCAUUAUUAUUAUUAUUAUUAAUAUCAUGUGUGUAAUGCUGCUGCAGGGAAGACCUCCUUCUUCGUAUAUUAUAUUGUCUUAUCUGUAUUCGUUUUAUCUUUUUAUUUUUGUGUAAUAUUUAGUUUCCUACUUGUAAUAUUAUUGUAUAAUGUAUUAUUGUUAUGACCACGUUGAAAAAUGCAACAAUAAUAAAUAAUAUAUUAUAAAUA